AUGGACUCGGAUGUACCUGGAGGUUGGAGGCGCUCGGAUCUAGAGAAGAAGAGGCGGUUGUUCGGUGUGAAGGAAAGGAGGGGGGUUGGGACGGUGACUUUAGACGGCCCGGUCCUACAAUUUGCCUUCUUCUUUCAGGAAAUGAAUGGGGUGCUGAAAAGUAUGCUCUCAGAAUGGUUUUCUUCAGGCUUCCUGAACCUAGAACGGGUUACUUGGCAUUCACCAUGUGAAGUGCUUCAGAAAAUCAGUGAAUCUGAGGCUGUGCAUCCUGUGAAGAACUGGAUGGACAUGAAGCGCCGUGUUGGGCCUUACAGAAGAUGUUACUUCUUCUCUCACUGUUCCACCCCCGGGGAGCCCCUGGUCGUUUUGCAUGUGGCACUGACCAGUGACAUCUCCAACAACAUCCAGGCCAUAGUGAAGGAAUGUCCUCCAUCAGAAACAGAAGAGAAGAGCAACAUCGCCGCUGCCAUCUUCUACUCCAUCAGCCUGACCCAGCAAGGACUGCAGGGGGUGGAGCUGGGCACUUUCCUCAUCAAGCGCGUGGUCAAGGAGCUGCAGAAAGAGUUUCCUUAUCUUGGGACAUUUUCAAGUCUGUCACCUGUACCUGGAUUCACCAAGUGGCUUCUGGGACUGCUGAGCUCGCAAACAAAGGAGCAUGGGAGGAAUGAACUCUUCACAGUCUCGGAAUGUAAAGACAUCUCUGAGAUCACUGGUGGGCCUGUUCAUGAUACUCUCAAGGCCCUUCUCAGCAGCAGCGAGUGGGUGAAGUCCGAGAAGCUGGUGCAGGCACUGCAGGGCCCGCUGAUGAGGCUGUGUGCCUGGUACUUAUAUGGAGAGAAGCACCGGGGCUACGCCCUGAACCCCGUGGCCAACUUCCACCUGCAGAACGGGGCAGUGAUGUGGCGCAUCAACUGGAUGGCGGAUGCGAGCCUCAAGGGCCUCACGGGCUCGUGUGGUCUGAUGGUGAACUACCGCUACUUCCUGGAGGAAACGGGCCCCAACAGCACUGCCUACCUCGGCUCCAAGAGCAUCAAAGCCUCUGAGCAGGUCCUCAGCCUGGUGGCCCAGUUUCAGAAGAAUAGCAAGCUCUAAGAGUGAACCUGUCUGGAAGCAUACGCCCGAGUUCCCCGAUGGGUCGGAGUUGUGUAUCGCAAGGAACCUUUGAGUAAUGCCAGAGUUGAACUGUGUUCUCUUGCCUCUGGCACGGCCAAGCUGUGAGGCCGGGGCCUGUCACUGUGCUGGGAAAGCCACGCUGCCCAAUGCAAUGGUGGUGGGUGUAGGUGGGCACGGACGAAUAGGAUUGUGGUGCUCUCUCCAGGGCAUUCUGCCAUUGCCUCGGCACAGGGCUGGGGCUGUGGCCCAUCUGCCUUCAGAAGCUCUGUGGCCUCUGCCUGUGUCAUCCAGGCACAUCUGUCAGCCUCCCAGGAACAGGGUGAGCAGCCAGAUGGGAACAGAGGUUCCUUCCAGCUUUAGAGCGCAAUUCGGUGACAGUUGCUUUACCCAUGUCUCUCUGUGCAGUGUAAUGGGAUAAAGGUCUGGGUGCAUUUCACCAGCUACAUUUUAAAGCUCAUAAAUGUAUGAAAAUGUUUGUGACUUUGCACAAAGUGCAGUAAGCUAAAUCGUUGAACACAAAAGAUGUUGCUACUUGAGGCAUAUGUUGGAACAUAGACUUAAAAAUAUCAGAUUCAAGUUCAUAAUGAACUUAACAGUGAAGAACAGGUUUGUUCUGUGAAGCAUUAAACACACGGAUAUUUAA